AUGAGCAAUGAUAAUGAUAUAACACAACAAAGAACAGCACACGCAAAACUAGUACUCCUAGGGAAAUCUUCAAUAGUUCAAAGAUUUGUUAAGAAUUCAUUUGAUGAAUAUAGAGAAUCUACAAUAGGAGCUGCAUUCAUAACGAAAACUAUUAAAUUAGAUGAAUUAACAUCAAUAAAAUUUGAAAUUUGGGAUACUGCUGGUCAAGAACGUUAUAAAUCAUUAGCUCCAAUGUAUUAUAGAAAUGCAAAUUCUGCUAUAUUAGUAUUUGACUUAACUGAUUCAACAAGUUUCCACAAGAUGAUUAAAUGGUAUGAAGAAUUAUCUUUACAAGCUCCUGAUACAUUAAUUAUAAAAAUUAUUGGAAAUAAAUUAGAUUUAAAAAAUAAUUUAAAUUUUAAUAUUAUUGAUGAUUCUACGGUAAAACAAUGGUGUGAUGAACAUAAGGUUCAAUAUAUAGAAACAAGUGCUAAAACUGGUGAAAAUGUUGAAAAGAUCUUUAGGGAAAUUGGGAAAGAUCUUCCAGAUGAAUUAUUUAAAGAUUUAAAAAUAAAUGAUGAAAGAGAUGAUGUUGGGAUAAAUGGGUUAAUUGAUUUAAAUAAACAUGUAUUACAAAAUAAAUCAUGUAAUUGUUAG